AAAAUCGGCAUACCAUAAUUGACAAUGACCAGACCCGCUAGUACGAGAAAUUAAUACUUACGCCGAGACAGUGAAAGUGGGACCAACAUGAACUGAGGGAGAGCUUUGCCACCAUUGUCUCUUCUUCAACUUCUUCUUAUUUAAACUUCCACCUUCCAUGUGCCCUUUCAGAUCUUUCACCACCAACACUGACCCUUUAACAUCAUCAGUGUAGUUUGUGUUUUGCUAGGUUUCUUUCUCCGUUGAUUUCAAUGGCGGAUUCCAAGAAAUGGGUCGUGAUGGCCACCGCUCAAACACCCACCAACAUAGCCGUUAUCAAGUAUUGGGGCAAGAGAGACGAAACCCUCAUUUUGCCCGUUAAUGAUAGUAUCAGUGUCACGCUUGAUCCCAGUCACCUCUGUACCACCACUACAGUUGCUGUGAGUCCCGGUUUUGAGCAGGAUCGGAUGUGGCUCAAUGGAAAGGAAAUUUCUCUUUCUGGAGGGAGAUUUCAAAGUUGUUUGAGGGAAAUUCGUAGUCGGGCAUGUGAUGUCGAGGAUAAGGAAAAAGGUAUCAAGAUAGAGAAGAAGGAUUGGGAAAAACUGCAUGUGCAUAUCGCUUCAUAUAACAAUUUCCCUACUGCUGCUGGAUUGGCUUCCUCUGCGGCUGGUCUUGCUUGUCUUGUUUUUUCCCUUGCUAAGCUGAUGAAUUUGAAAGAAAAUCCGAGCCAGCUUUCUGCUAUAGCCAGGCAAGGUUCAGGCAGUGCUUGUCGUAGUCUGUUCGGUGGAUUCGUCAAGUGGAUUAUGGGCAAAGAUGAAAAUGGAAGUGACAGCCUUGCAGUUCAACUUGUAGAAGAGGAGCACUGGAAUGAGCUUGUUAUUAUUAUUGCUGUGGUGAGUGCACGGCAGAAGGAAACAAGUAGCACCUCAGGAAUGCGCGAGAGUGUUGAAACAAGUUUGCUGUUACAGCAUAGAGCAAAGGAAAUUGUACCGAAACGCAUAGUAAAAAUGGAAGAGGCCAUAAAAAAUCGCGAUUUUUCAUCUUUUGCACAGUUGACCUGUGCUGAUAGUAAUCAGUUUCAUGCUGUUUGCUUGGAUACAAGUCCCCCUAUUUUCUACAUGAAUGACACAUCCCACAGGAUCAUUAGCUAUGUUGAAAAAUGGAACCGUUCAGAAGGAUCACCUCAGGUGGCUUAUACUUUCGAUGCUGGGCCGAAUGCAGUUCUGAUUGCAAGAAAUAGACAGGUUGCAGCCCAAUUGCUCCAGAGGCUGCUUUUCUUCUUCCCUCCAAAUUCAGAUACAGACCUGAACAGUUAUGUGCUAGGUGAUAAGUCAAUUCUACAUGAUGCCGGCAUUGGGGAUCUGAAGGAUGUGGAAGCAUUGCAAUGCCCGCCAGAAAUAACUAAUGUACCGGCCCAGAAAUACACAGGCGAAAUCAAUAACUUUAUCUGCACAAAACCUGGAAGAGGUCCCGUUUUGCUUUCUGAUGAAAGCAAGGCUCUUCUCAACCUUGAAACUGGGCUGCCAAAGUGAGCUUGGGAGUAGAUUAUUCUUUCAUGCUUUAUCUGUUCUCUUCUUGGCCGAAUCAGAUAUAGCUAUGAACCAGAAACACAUAAUUGAAAUGCAAUUUGCAAUGUACCAGAGAUUACUGCAAAGUGAUUCU